AUGAGUGAAGAAGAUCCAUUACUUCAAGCCUUAAAUGAAGGUAAUGCUGAAGGCAAUUCAGAAGGUACUACUGAAACAAAUGAAUCUAGAGACCCUGAAAGAGAAAAAGCUUUAGGUAAAUUCAAAGACAAAUUAACUGAACACAGAAAUUGGGACGCUAGAUUAAAAGAAUUAAGAUUAAGCAUACGAGACUUGGAAAAGAACUAUGACAAAACAGAGAAUGAUAUUAAAGCAUUACAAUCUGUAGGACAAAUCAUUGGGGAAGUAUUGAAACAAUUGGAUGACGAAAGAUUUAUUGUCAAAGCUUCAAGUGGACCUCGUUAUAUUGUUGGAUGUAGAAAUACCAUUAAGAAAGAAAAUUUAAAGAAUGGUGUCAGAGUAUCGUUAGAUAUGACUACUUUGACCAUCAUGAGAAUCUUACCAAGAGAAGUUGAUCCAUUAGUUUAUAAUAUGACCACUUUUGAACCAGGUGAAAUUUCAUUUAAUGGUAUUGGUGGAUUAACUGAACAAAUCAGAGAAUUAAGAGAGGUUAUCGAAUUACCAUUGAAGAAUCCGGAAUUGUUCCAUAGAGUUGGUAUUAAACCUCCAAAAGGGGUAUUGUUAUAUGGACCUCCAGGUACUGGUAAAACCUUAUUAGCUAAAGCUGUAGCUGCAACUAUUGGAGCUAAUUUCAUAUUUUCACCUGCUUCAGCUAUUGUUGAUAAAUAUAUUGGUGAAAGUGCUAGAUUAAUCAGAGAAAUGUUCAGUUAUGCAAGAGAACAUGAACCUUGUAUUAUAUUUAUGGAUGAAAUUGAUGCUAUUGGUGGUAGAAGAUUUAGUGAAGGUACUUCAGCUGAUAGAGAAAUUCAAAGAACUUUAAUGGAAUUAUUGAAUCAAAUGGACGGUUUUGAUACUUUAGGACAAACCAAAGUUAUUAUGGCUACAAAUAGACCUGAUACUUUAGAUCCUGCUUUAUUAAGAGCUGGUAGAUUAGAUAGAAAAAUCGAAAUUGCUUUACCUAAUGAAAUUGGUAGAUUAGAAAUCUUUAAAAUUCAUACAUCAAAAAUCGCCAAACAAGGAGAAUUUGAUUUUGAAGCUGCUGUAAGAAUGAGUGAUGGUUUCAAUGGUGCUGAUAUUAGAAAUGUUGUCACUGAAGCUGGUUUUUUCGCUAUAAGAGAUGAAAGAGAUUAUAUAAUCCAAGGUGAUAUAAUGAAAGCCGUUAGAAAAGUAGCUGAUGUUAAAAAAUUAGAAGGUAAACUUGAUUAUGAAAAAUUAUAA